AUGGUAUCAGAGCCAAUGGCAUCAAAAUCCAUUUCUUUCCAGUACCCUCAACUCUCCAUAUUAAAUUAUGAGAAUUGGUCGCUUAGAAUGAAAGCGAUACAUGGAGCCCAAGGAUUAUGGGAUAUUGUUGAAGAUGGUUUUGUCGAGCCUGAGAAUGUGGCGGCUCUUCCACAAAACCAAAGGGAUAAUCUGGAGAAGGAAAGAAACCGAGAUCAGCUUGCCCUCACUAUCAUUCAUCAAGGCUUAGAUGAAGACAUGUUCGAGAAAAUAGCCAACGAGAUGACGUCGAAGAAAGCGUGGGAGACGCUUUGUAACUCCGUUCUAGGAGUCAACAAGGUGAAGAAGGUUCGACUUCAAACUCUAAGGGAUGAGUUUGAAUCAAUCUCAAUGAAGGAGAAUGAGUCUAUCUCCGAUUAUUCCACAAGACUCUUGGCUAUAGCAAAUAAAAUGAAGAGGCUGGGAGAAUCACUGUCGGAUGCUCGCGUGGUGGAGAAAAUACUAUGCUCCCUUUCUUCAAAGUUCAACCAUGUGGUGGUUGCAAUUUUGGAAUCAAAAGAUCUGGAGAAAAUGACCGUCGAUGAGCUAGCUGCACGGGUCAUUGCAAGCACAUGA